AGCGUUCAUGGUUCGUGAGCGCGAUUGAAUGCGAAGUGCAGAAGAUCGAAUUUGGGUUCGUUGUUGGUGAAAGUUUGUGGUUCGUGAAGGGAGGUUCGUGAAGGGAGGUUCGUCGUGAGGUUAGUCUUCUUACUUGGUUCAUUUGUUUUGUAAUGAGUCGAAGUGUGUGUUUAUUUGUCAGUUUCGUUGUCGUUUUCUUUGUUGGUAUUGAUGUCGUGUUGGUUGUUGAAGUUGGUCUACUGUGUGUGUUUAAAUUGGUCCCCCUUUUGGUGUUAAAUUGGUCCCAUUGCUGUCCAUUUUUGAAAGUGGUCCCCGUUUUCCAUGUGCAGGGUUUGGGAUGAGUGAGGAUAGGUUUAAGGUAGUGGUCCACUACGGUGGGACCCUGAUAAAGGAUGUGUUUCCCUUUAAGUAUUUAGGUGGACAGAUAUCUUCUUGGGACAUUGACCCUGACACAUGGAGUUAUUUUGGAGUGGUUGCUACCAUUAAAGAAAUGGGUUAUAUGGAAGUACAGGAGUUAGUUUAUAGCAUUGACAAUAUUUUACAUGGCCUUUAUGACGAUAGGGGAGCUAUGAAUAUGAUGGAAAUAGCUAAAUCUUUGGGGAAAGUGGAUUUAUAUAUUGUGCAUAAAGUUAGCGAACCAGACUUUGUGGAAACUGAGAAUGAAAUUCUUUACCUCUGCCAAGGGCGUGCAGAGAGUGGUGAUGGUAUUGGGUUUGAGGCUGAUGCAGAGGAAAAUGAGGAGGUUGAGAACCAGUGCGUGGUGGAGGAAGUUGGUGAUAAGUUGGACACACAUGCUGAAGUGGAGGUGGAGGAAGUGCAGGUGGAGGAAGAGACAGUUGAGGAAGUGGAGGUGGAGGCAGUUGAGGAAGUGGCAGUUGAGGAAGUGGAGGUGGAGGCAGUUGAGGAAGAAGUGGAGGUGGAUGCAGGUGAGGAAGUGGAGGAAGAAGAAAACAGCAGUGAGGAAGAAGUGGAAGUGGAUGAAGUGGAAGUGGAUGAAGUGGAAGUGGAUGAAGUUCAAUUGGAAAACAAUAGUGAGGAGGAUGCUGAAGAUUACAUGGUUGGAAGGGGGUUGUCUGAUGAUGAUUCUGAGGCAGAAGAGUUGUUAACUCCAGGAAAUAGUGAUAGUGAGGAGGAUGAGAUUCAAGACAAACCAAGUAGAUGUCCUUUUCCUACAUUUGGAAAGAAAAAGUCCAUGUUAGAUUACAAAUGGGAAGUGGGUACCAUUUUUAAUGAUAAGGAGGAUUUUAAGGAAGCUAUAAGAAACUAUGCUAUUCAUGCUGGGAGGGAUCUUAAGUUUGUAAAGAAUGAUAAGCGUAGGGUUCGGGUGAGAUGCAUGGGUGCUCAAAAAAAGUGCCAAUGGGUUGCUUACUUAGGAUAUUUGCCAUCAAAAAAGGUUUGGCAGUUAAGGAAGGUUCUUGAUACCCAUUGUUGCAGCAGACAACUAAACAUUAAAAUGAUGAAUAGUAAGUGGUUGAGUAAUGAAGUAGAUAAGGUGUUGCAUGAUAAUCCUACUAUUAAGGUACAAGAUAUACGUAAUAAAGCACUAAGAAAAUGGAACACCAAGGUAUCAAUUUCAAAAGCAAGAAGGGCCAAGUUAAUGGCUACAAAUGAACGUGAAGGAGAUUUUAAAGAGCAAUUUAGAAGGCUUCACGACUACGGGCAUGAGUUGUUGAGGAGUAACCCAGGGUCAACUGUUAAGAUUAAGGUCAACAGUGAUAAUGGUGAGGCCAUCUUUGAAAGAAUUUACGUGUGUCUGAACGCAUGUAAGAAAAGUUUUGUAAGUUGUAGGCCAAUCACCUUUUUGGAUGAAUGUUUCUUGAAAAGGUCUAUAUAAGGGAGAGUUGCUUACAGCAGUGGGUAGGGACCCAAAUGACCAAAUGCUUCCAAUAGCAUAUGCAGUAGUUGAAGUUGAAAAUAAAGAUAGUUGGAGUUGGUUUUUGAAAUUAUUGAUUGAAGACCUUGGUGGGUAUGACAUAUGCCGAGCAUGCACGUGGAUGUCUGACCAACAAAAGGGGUUGGUACAUGCUGUUGAUGAGCUUUUGCCUAAGGCAGAACAAAGAUUCUGCAUCAGACAUCUUUAUGCUAACUUCAGGAAGCAAUUUAGUGGUCAAAUUUUGAAGAAUUUGAUGUGGAGUGCUGCAACAAGCACUUACCCCCAGGCUUGGGAGAGAGAAAUGCUGAAAAUGAGAGCAGUGAAUGAGGAUGCUUAUAAAUACCUUAUAGCUAUUUCCCCAAGGUAUUGGUCAAGAUCUAGAUUCACAGCUCAAGCUAGUUGUGAUAGUCUAGAUAACAACAUCAGUGAAGGUUUCAAUAGUG